AGAUGACAAGUACAGAGUACCCAUUAGAGUCAUCUCCCCCCUUGGAUACAUUUUACAUUCCAUUAGAAUUGCAAUCUCCAGAGGAAGACGAAGCCCUGACCUAUAAUGGUAAUGCUGGUAAUUUGAACAUGCCAGAGAUUUUGCUGCCAAUGACUGGACCACAGUACAACUACAAAACCCUGAGCGAUUGGAACCAGAUUUACACCUCGCCGCCUCCGAUUUCUCGUCCUGUGGGCCCUGUUUACAACAGGGCAAAGCCUGCCACAGGAAGUUACAAAAAUGAAGAAGCUAGGGACACAGGAAAAGCUGUGAAUGUGAAAGUAAAUGAAUCCAGCCCUAGCAGUAAUUUUCAAGAAGACAGAAACAUUCAGGGUUUCAACAGAGAAGAGCUGAUAACAAAAUCACGACCUAAAAGUAGCCCAACAGUGAGCCUACAUUCUUUCCUGGAGGACGCUGACUCAGCAACUAGUGCUAUUGGUGAUCUCAAAAUAAAAGAGGUUAGUGAAGACGGAAGAUUUGUGAGGCUGAUCAACGAUGGCCCAACGGAAUAUGAAUGUAGUGGGUAUAUGAUCAAGCAGACAGUUCAUGGACGUCCAGUGGCUGUUUUCCGAUUUCCGUCAGGCACUAAAUUUCCGCCUGACUCCACAAUCACCGUAUGGUCCGCAGUGAAUGAUCCCAGCGUGCAUAAUCCACCUACAGAUUUCUUCUGGAAGGAAAGCCAAAAAUGGGAAAGUGGUCCACAGUGUGCAACAGUUUUAUGUCGUCCUAAUGGGCAGGCGUGUGCAUGGACAACACCUUCCCACAAAUUUUCCAAGGAUACAUUUACAGAAGCUUCUGGAAGUAAACCAAAUCUUCGAGAGGUCAAAGCAGAUGAAAAUCAUGUGGGAGAUGGUGAAAGACUGACAACUACAAAAGUUGACCUCAGUGGACCAAGACCAGAGCCUGUCUUCAUAAGACGAGAGAAGAGACAGCCACCAAGUUUAUUUAAUUCAAAACAUCCACACGGAAAUAAUCCAUCACUCAUCACCCAUCCACAUACAAAUCAAGCACGGCCACUCCAUCUGGGGAAUGAUAACAGUACCUACAGCCGCCAGUCUCGAACCCAGACAGUUAGGCCUGAUCCACUUCCUGGUCAGCCACAUAUUGGUACUCCAGCCCAAAGAACUGGCAGCAAGACCUUGAGACGAGCAAGAAGUUGCCAAGCAUCACGUUCUUCAAGCUUUAACGAAAGCGUAGCUUUGAAUAAAACUUCAGCGUCAGCUGGUGAAAUUAGCGAAAGACCAAGUCCAUUCUCGAGGCCAUGGAACCGAUUCGAAGCAGGGCUGAAACAGAUAUGCUCACAACAUGACCCCAAUUUCCUUCCACCGAUGCCACCGCCUGUACAGAUAUCUGCAUGA